UCAGCAACUAGCCACGUCACCAACUUCCAUAAAUGAGUACGCACUGACAUUCAAACCCAUGUGUCCCUAUAGCAUUCUUGAAAUAGAUGUAGAUGACGUGGAUAAAAAAUAUCCUCUACUCCGUUUGUCCUCUUGGGCUAUAUAUACCUACAUCAUCAAGAUUGUUUAGGUCACUUCUCAUCAGCCGUUCCAAAUUGAGUGGUGUGUACAAUUCGUUGUAAAAUAUGGCCGGAGCAACAGCAAUGCAAGCCGUCGUCCUGGCCAAUCCCAUACUUCGCAUUUCUAAUCGAGCCAGAGUGAGCCACUUUCUUCCAAACCCACAACUGCGAAGAAGCACCUACAGGAUCAAUACUUCCGUGAAAUGCAUGGCAGAGGGAGAUGAAAAGUUGCAGGAAAAUCAAAAGAAGCGGCAAACACAACCGGAAUCUGUAGCCACCCCCCCUGCUCUAAAGGUGAGUACGAAGUUCUCGGACGUGUUGGCAUUCAGUGGGCCAGCUCCAGAGAGGAUUAACGGUAGGCUGGCCAUGAUUGGCUUUGUUGCUGCAAUGGCAGUGGAGUUAUCCAAGGGCCACGAUCUGUUUGCCCAGAUAUCCAACGGUGGAGUCACAUGGUUUGUAGGAACAAGUGUCGUGCUCUCUCUCGCGUCUCUAAUCCCCUUGUUUAAAGGGGUAAGCGUAGAGUCAAAAUCAGAUGGAUUCAUGACAUCCGACGCGGAGCUGUGGAAUGGGAGAUUUGCUAUGUUGGGUUUGGUUGCGUUGGCCCUCACAGAAUAUGUUAAAGGUGGGGCUCUUAUAUGAUAUAAUUGCGAACGUUUGUAUUGUACGCAUGUACCGUAGUAAUAUCAAAUCAACUAGUGUAAGUUUUUUUUUU